AGGAGGGAGUGUGGGAAACACACUGUUCGGAAGAGGAGGAGCCAGGCUAAGGGACGAAGUUGUAGGAUCCUAUACCGGCUUAGACAGAGCUCUUAGUUGGCUACUUAUCUCCAGGUAGCCAUCUGUCUGAAGCUAAAGGCCACAGUGAUCCUGCUCGCUUCCAGGAUGCCACAGCUGGACCUGUCCUGCCUGGGAUGCAGCCUGGAGGCGUCCUCACUGUGGCUGCUUGCACUGCUCAUCGGAGCGUUCUGGCUCUUGGUCCGCGUCCUGCCUCAGACCUAUUCCUUCUAUGGCACAUAUCAUCAUCUUUGUGGUUUCCCUCAGCCCCCCAAACGGAGUUGGUUCUUAGGUCACCUGGGCAUGAUCACCCCCACCGAGCAGGGUCUGAAGGAGGUGACCAAGCUGGUGGCCACCUAUCCCCAGGGCUUCAUGACAUGGAUGGGUCCCAUCCUCCCCAUCAUCACUCUGUGCCACCCUGACAUCAUUCGCGCUGUCCUCAGUGCUUCAGCUGCAGUCGCCCUAAAGGAAGUAGUCUUCUACACUUUCCUGAAACCCUGGCUGGGGGACGGGCUCUUGGUGAGUGCUGGUGACAAGUGGAGCCGCCACCGUCGCAUGCUGACACCUGCCUUCCAUUUCAACAUCCUGAAGCCCUAUGUGAAGAUUUUCAAUGACAGCACCAACAUCAUGCAUGCCAAGUGGCAGCGCCUGGCCUCAGGUGGCAGUGCCCGUCUGGACAUGUUUGAGAACACCAGCCUGAUGACCUUGGACAGUCUGCAGAAAUGCGUCUUCAGCUUUGAUAGCAACUGCCAGGAGAAGCCCAGUGAGUAUAUCUCUGCCAUCUUGGAACUCAGUGCUUUGGUGUCCAAACGGUACCAGCAGCUGCUUCUACACAUAGACUCACUUUAUCAGCUCACUCCUGAUGGGAUACGCUUCCACAAGGCCUGUCGUCUAGUGCAUGACUUCACAGACGCUGUCAUCCAGGAUCGACGACGUACUCUCCCCAGUAAGGAUGGUGAUGAUGUCCUCAAGGCCAAGGCCAAGUGCAAGACUUUGGACUUCAUUGAUGUUCUGCUGCUGGCCAAGGAUGAAGAUGGGAAGGAGUUGUCAGAUGAGGACAUCAGAGCAGAGGCUGACACCUUCAUGUUUGAGGGCCAUGACACCACAGCCAGUGGGCUCUCCUGGAUCCUGUACAACCUGGCGAGGCACCCGGAAUACCAGGAGCGCUGUCGGCAGGAGGUGUGGGAGCUGCUGAGGGACCGAGAGCCUCAGGAGAUUGAGUGGGACGACCUGGCCCAGCUGCCCUUCCUCACCAUGUGCAUCAAGGAGAGUCUGAGGCUGCAUCCUCCGGUCACAGUGAUUUCCCGCUGCUGCACCCAAGAUAUUGGUCUCCCAGAUGGCCGGGUCAUCCCUAAAGGUGUGGUCUGCAUCAUCAAUAUUUUUGCGACCCAUCACAACCCAACUGUGUGGCCUGACCCUGAGGUCUAUGACCCUUUCCGCUUUGACCCAGAGAAUGUCAAGGACAGGUCACCUCUGGCUUUUAUUCCCUUCUCUGCUGGGCCCAGGAACUGCAUAGGACAGACUUUCGCCAUGAACGAGAUGAAGGUGGCCCUGGCACUGACACUGCUGCGUUUCCGGGUCCUGCCCGAUGACAAGGAGCCCCACCGGAAGCCGGAGCUGAUCCUGCGUGCUGAGGGAGGGCUGUGGCUGCGGGUGGAACCGCUGAGCUCACAGUGACCCCCUGCACUUGGAUGGACAGUCGCACCCAUCCACCUACCUCUGCACCUCCCGGAGUAAGCAUUACUGUGGCCUGUUUGGGAGGCUCUCAGAACACAACAGGAGGUACUGGAGGACAGCAGGACAUCAGCACUUGGGGUCUGGGAGUGAGAUGGAGCUAAUGUCCUUGGACCAAGACCUCUGACUUCCUCUGCCUGCUCACAGGCCCUGCCUUGUCCUCCAGCCUAGCAGGAAUUACUCCCUUAGACAACAGAGAUAAGGGGAAGUGUCAGGGCAGGAUGGGGGUCAGGUUCAAGCUCAGAGGACCUUUGAAACUGAGGAACAUUUCCAUUGCCUUGACCUCUGUUCUAAUCCCAACACUUCUCUUGUAUUGGAAUUCUUCAGUGUUUCUGUGAAAACUAAAUUUCUAGGUUUAUUAAACCUAACAACCCGG